CUUACGCUGGGCCUCGAUCUCCAACGCACUCUAAAUCCCCAUCUUCAAUCUAGGUCGAGUUUUGAAAUUUGAAUACUGUUGCUGCUGAUUCUUCUGUGUAUAAUCUCAGUUUCAAUUGACUCACAGACACUAUCGGAUCUAACCGUUCUCUCCAACAGUGGCUUUCGCUCCACCAAUUUGUCAUUGAUUUCCCUGCACUUCGUGUUAUCAAGUGCGACUUUCACUUAGCUAUCACUCCCAAAGAUUACGUGUUUUGCCUGGAAAUACUUAUUAGCUUGACAUGGUAAAAGAACAAUCCCAGCCUCCUUGCCAAACAGAUGUGGAUCCAGAUAGAAUCAGUUGCUUACCAGAUCAUGUAAUAGAUCAAAUUCUCGCAUAUUUGCCGAUUAGGGAAGCAGUGGGAACAAGUAUUUUAUCCAGAAAAUGGAGGUACAAAUGGGCCACAGUACCAAAUCUUGUGUUCGAUAACGACACUCUCUUGUAUUAUACCCUAGCAGACUCUUCCAUUGACAUGAACAAGCUUGUGAGUUAUAUUGAUCAUGUACUCUUACUCCAUUCUGGGCCAAUCAACAAGUUCAAGGUCUCCAAUCAUGAACUUACUGGUGUCAGCGCUAUUGAUCGUUGGACUCUUCAUGUAUCCAGGAGGUCAGUUGAAGAGUUUGUGCUGGAAAUCUGGAAAGGGCAACACUAUAAGAUACCCUCAUGCUUAUUUUCUUGUCAAAGUUUGAAGCAUUUAGAGUUAUUUAAUUGUUGGCUUAAACCUCCAUCAAAAUUUCAAGGCUUCAGGAACUUGAAGAGUCUUGAUCUGCAAAAUGUUACCUUGGCUCAAGAUGAUUUUCAAUACUUGAUAUCCAGCUGCCCUCUGCUUGAACGGUUGACAUUGGCGAACUUUCAUGGUUUAACUCGUCUUAAUAUUGAUGCACCAAAUCUCCAGUUUUUUUACAUUGAAGGUAAUUUUGAGGCUAUUAGCUUUGAGAACACUUUUCGAUUGGCUGUGGUAUCCAUUGGUUUGGAUGUGAACUUUGAAAACAAUAAGCAAGGAGGUUUUAGCAAUUUGCUCAAUUUUUUUGCUCAUCUACCUCACAUACGAAGGCUGGAGAUUCAAAGCUAUUUUUUAAAGUAUUUGGCAGUAGGGGUUGUGCCACCAAAGCUGCCUAGACCAUGCAUUGAUCUAAGUUUUCUUUCCAUACGCAUAAACUUCAAUGAUUCGAAGGAAAUUUCAGCUGCUCUGUGCCUGUUACGAAGCUCACCUAAUCUACAAGAACUAGAAAUAUUGGCUCGAACUGAGGAGGAGACUGUUCUAUUUAAACGCAACUAUUGUUGGGAAGAUGACCGGUUGAGCUGUCCAGUUCCAGUCAUGCAUUUGCGAUAUGUGAGGAUACAUCGCAUCACUGGUGUUAAAUCUGAAUUAGAUUUUAUCAGCUUUCUACUUCUACAUUCUCCUGUGCUAGAAAGGAUGACUGUGAAGGCUGUGUUAAACGGCGGAUUAGAGUUUAUGUUGAUGGAAGAACUAUUGCGGUUCAGGAGAGCUUCACCACGAGCUGAGAUUAUUUAUCAGGAAUAUCAGGAAUCUUCUUAACGCUUUUAUUAUUAUUAUUAUUUUUCUGGUGAAUGUAUAUCAUUCCCGAAUUUUUUUUGUUUGACUUGCACUUAACUGAUAACUAUUAAGCCAUGGCAUUCUAUGAUAGGAAGAAGCUAUCGUGUAUUUUGAAACUAAGCUUUUUGUACGUUUUAUGAUAGAAAGAAGCU